GGAACCAGCUCCGGGUGGCGCCAUGAUACCGGAGAAUGGAAGCGGAUCAAGAUGUGUCCCUUAGAGAGCAGCUCUUCCACGACUGGGUCCGAGAAUGCAUAAUCUGCACCUUACUUUUCGCCACACUCUACCUCCUCUCCUAUAUGGUCAUCACCAAGUUCAAGAAACAUGCCGAUUUCACCACAGUUGACCUUGAAGAUGCAGCUGUUAACCGAAUUGCGCUAUGGAUGUGCACCUUCACACUCGCUGUGUCUGUUGGGGCCGUGCUCCUGCUGCCUUUCUCAAUCAUUAGCAAUGAGGUGCUGCUGUCUCUGCCACACAACUACUACAUCCAAUGGCUCAAUGGAUCCCUCAUCCAUGGCCUGUGGAACCUGGUGUUCCUCUUCUCCAACCUGUCACUCGUGUUCUUGAUGCCAUUUGCCUAUCUCUUCACCGAGGCCGAAGGUUUUGCGGGAUCAAAAAAGGGCGUCAUGUCCAGAGUGUAUGAGACAUCUGUAGUUCUUCUGCUCCUCACGCUCCUGGUGUUUGGCAUCGUAUGGGUGGCAUCUGCCAUUGUUGAUGAUGACGCUUAUGGAAGAGAAUCCCUCUAUGACCUGUGGGAAUAUUACCUACCAUACCUCUACUCGGGCAUCUCUCUGUUUGGGGUUCUUCUUCUGUUAUUGUGCACUCCAUUGGGCCUGUCCCGGAUGUUCUCUGUGACUGGAAAGCUAUUGGUCAAACCUCGGCUCCUGGAGAACUUAGAGGAACAUUUGAACUGUACUGCGUUUGAGGAAGCAGCCAUUUCCCGUAAAAUCUCGGCAAAAGCUUCCUGCUGGUUAAACCUAAACAUGGAGGCAUUACAAAAGAAGCUUCUCACCAUCAAGAGUCACCGAAUCACAUUAGAGAUGAGAAGAAAGGCCUCUCCAUGGCAGCGCAAUUUGGUGUACCCUCUUGCCAUGCUGUUGCUCCUCGCACUCGCAGGUAUCUCUGUACUGAUUGUGUGCUUCCAUGUGUUGGAACUUCUAAUUGAUGAAGCUGCCAUGCCAAAGGGGAUGCAGGAUUCACGGCUUGGGAAGGUCUCUUUCUCAGUUUUUGGUCCUUUUGGAGCAGCUGUUCAAGUCAUCCUUAUAUUUUAUCUGAUGGCUGCUUCAGUGGUUGGGUUUUACUCCUCUCCAUUGUUUAUAAGACUCCUACCCCAGAAGCAUGACACAACAAUGACCAAAAUCAUUGGAAACUGUGUGUCCCUGCUUGUGCUGAGCUCUGCCCUCCCGGUCUUCUCCAGAACAUUGGGCAUCACCAGAUUUGAUCUGCUGGGUGACUUUGGACGAUUUAACUGGCUCGGGAACUUUUACCUGAUCUUCUUGUAUAACAUUCUGUUUGCUGGCCUCACAACACUCUGCUUGGUAAAGAAGUUUACAUGGGCCGUACAAGCUGAGCUCAUCCGUGCAUUUGGACUGGACAGGUUACCCCUGUCUGUAAAUAGGGUUCGAAGCCAAGGCAAGGCCUGAUAUGCUUCCAUGGAGAAGUCUUUCAGUGAAGUGUGCACGUGGCAUCCAGGUCCCGGAAUCCAUAAACAACCAGACAAUCUGCUUCAUUGGUUUCUCUUAUUUGUUUGAGAGGAAAGAAGGCUCGGGACU